UGUGGGGCGCGCAUGAUGCGCCGGCUGCUGUCCCAGCACAUGUUGGCCGAGUGUCCGAAGCGCACCCAGCCCUGCAGCUACUGUGCCAAGGAGUUCCUCUACGACACCAUCCAGAACCACGAGUACCAGUGCCCCCGCUACCCCGUGCCCUGUCCCAAUCAGUGCGGGGUGCCCAAUAUCGCCCGAGAGGACCUGAGCGGGCACCUGAAGGACAACUGCUCCACCGCUCUGGCCCUUUGCCCCUUCAAGGAGGCCGGCUGCAAACACCGGUGCCCCAAAGUCUCCCUGGGCCGCCACCUGGAGGAGAACACGAAGCUGCACCUGGGCCUGAUGGGGGCGCUGGUGGCCCGGCAGCGCCAGGAGCUGGUGGAGCUGCGCCGCGAGGUGGAGGAGCUGGCGGUGGGCAGCGAGGGCGUGCUGAUCUGGAAGAUCGCCGACUACGGCCGGAAGCUGCAGGAGGCCCGCCUGCGGAGCAACUACGAGUCCUUCAGCCCCCCUUUCUACACCCACCGCUACGGCUACCGGCUCCAGGUGUCGGCCUUCCUGAACGGCAACGGGAGCGGCGAGGGCAGCCACCUCUCCGUCUACAUCCGGGUGCUGCCGGGUCAGUACGACAACCUGCUGGAGUGGCCCUUCGCCUACCGGGUCACCUUCUCGCUGCUGGAUCAGAGCGACCCUUCCCUCUCCAAGCCUCAGCACAUUACGGAGACCUUCUUGCCGGACCCGGCCUGGAAGAAUUUCCAGAAGCCCAGCACCAGGCGCACUUCCCUGGACGAGAGCCUGCUGGGCUUCGGCUACCCCAAGUUCAUCUCCCACGAAGACAUCAAGAAGCGCAACUACGUCCGCGACAACGCCGUCUUCAUCAAGGCCUCGGUGGAGAUCCCGCCCAAGAUCAUUUCCUGAGGGGGGGGGGGGGAGGGCGGGCAGAGACCGAGGGACCUGGGGG